GACGGCGGCGGCGGCGGCUCCCUGGCCCUUCCAUGAGCCCGCGGCGGACCCUCCCGUGCCCCCUCUCGCUCUGCCUCUGCCUUUGGCUGGCCACGGCCGUGGCGCGGAGAGCCGCGCAGUCAGCUCUUGCCCCUGUUCUUUGCCUCUCGUUCUGUUGGUGAAGAUAUCACAGUGAUGUCUGCAUUCAACCUGCUGCAUUUGGUGACAAAGAGCCAGCCAGCAGCCCUGCGAGCCUGUGGGCUUCCCUCAGGGUCAUGUAGGGAUAAAAAGAACUGUAAGGUGGUCUUCUCCCAGCAGGAACUAAGGAAGCGACUAACACCCCUGCAGUACCAUGUCACUCAGGAGAAAGGGACCGAAAGUGCCUUUGAAGGAGAAUAUACGCAUCACAAAGAUCCUGGAAUAUAUAAAUGUGUUGUUUGUGGAACUCCGUUGUUCAAGUCAGAAAGCAAGUUUGACUCCGGUUCAGGUUGGCCUUCAUUCCACGAUGUGAUCAGUUCUGAUGCAAUCACGUUCACGGACGACUUUUCCUACGGGAUGCACAGGGUGGAAACGAGCUGCUCUCAGUGCGGCGCCCACCUUGGGCACAUUUUCGAUGACGGCCCUCGUCCCACCGGCAAAAGAUACUGCAUAAACUCGGCUUCCUUGUCCUUCACGCCAGCAGACGGCAGUGGUGCCCAGGGGGGCAGUGGGGUGGGCAGCCCGGCCCCCGCAGACAAAGCGGAGCUGUAGGGUCGUGGAGAGUGGGGGAAGCAAGUGUACUUAUCGCGCAGCUUGUUAAAAAAAAAAAAAUACUCAGAAUUAUCUUAGAUAUAUUUUUUCAAAAAAUAUAAGGGCAGUUUUGUGCUAUCGAUAUUUUUCUUCUUUUGCUUAGACAGAGGCCCCGGCCAUCAGUGUAUUUUGCUAUCAACUAGAUCCGGAACCGCUUAUACCUUCAGCGAGUGGAGAUAGUUUGGUGAACCUCUUUCCCAGGCCACUUGAGUACCAUUUGGCAUUAUUUUCUUUGAGCACAUGGCUUCUUUUGAGAUUUCUCCCACUUUGCUUACGAGGCAGAGGGUGCUCGGUGUUCCCAUCAGAGACCCCUCUGUGGCGGAGAGAGCAGAGCACCAAGAGCAGGGCACCAGACCUUCGAGUCAUGUGGCCCUGAGGCAUUUGUGCAGGCCUACCUGAGACGGGGGCGGACGGAUGCCUGAUGAGACUGCUCAGCUCUGUGGAAAGUCUGAGCUACGGUCGUUUAUUCGCACUAAAAGGGUGUGAAGGUCUGAAGUCUUUCCUUAUGUUAAAUCGUUGCCAGAUCUGGUCGGGGGGGGGGGAUGGUUUACACUGAGUGUUGUGGCAGAGAAGUAAACAUUACCUCACGGUUAGGCCUUUAUUUUAUUUUAUUUUCCAUUGAAAACAUUGGAGUAUAAGACAACUAUAAAAUGCUGGGCCCCGUUUUGUCCAAAGUCCACAAAGAAGAACACUUGCCAUUGCUUUUUCGAGGUCUGUCCCUCCACACCUAAUACCAGCUGCAGCUGGGAGGGCAUUUUGGUAAGUCCCACCGUGUAAAAUAAAAUACUGGGGACAACACACCUCGUCAAGGCAGCAGAAAUAAGAGAGAGUGGAGAGGACCAAGGAGGAAGUCCUGGGUAUUAAAAUACCCAGUGCUGAGCAGAGAAGCCGACAAGAUACUCCAAGUAACAGAGCCCAAACCUGGGAAUCUUGUGCGUAGAGGUUCAGGUGACCUCUGGAAGGAUGCUUGGGGUUAAAGUAGAAAGAACCAGGAGCUCAAGUCUCACCCUGCUGUGUGACAGGGGACAAGCCAUUUAGCCUCUCCAUGCCUACUCUUCAUAUAAAAACUGGGACCUACAUUAUUUGUAAAAUAAUUGACACUCUCAGGGCAAAUUUACAAUAUUGCUGUACCAUUGAGAUCGGUGUUGUGAAAUUAAACUGAUCUGGUUCUAAUUGCCUCAAAGGCUGAAGCCCAAGCAUUUGAAAUGGAAAGAAGUGGAGAGAAGGUUGACUUAGCUGAUUGGUAUGGAAACAGUUGGGCCAAGAGCCAGAAAUUUUUCUUUGUAGCAAUAUGGCUGGUUUUACUCUGAGAAGUUCUGCUCCGUUUUGCUGUGUAACAUUUAGCUUGCCCGAGUGGAUGGCAUUGUGCGCGAUAAGGUUUCCACAAGUAUGAACAGUGGCGAUUUAAGAUGAUAUUGCCAUAACCAGGUUUGAGGGUGCAGUUUAUGAUGGAUAGAUACUGUGUUUGUAGCCUUGAAUGCUAAUCCUGAAAUGUAGUUUUUAAAAAAUAUUACUUUUGUAAAUCUUUGAAAGCUUAUGAAAACUGACAUCUUUCCUUGUAAGCACCAAGACAAAAAUAAGAAAGAGGGACACUUGACAGUUUUACAAUGAGAAACAAUGAGAAGUUAAAAUGCAAAGUAACAAAUCAAAGUGGCAGUGUGGUCAUGUCCACAUUCUUCCAUGUGUCUACACACGCUUCCUGGCGAGGCCCUGCCUGAUAUUCUGGUGACUUCCUUGUCACGUAUGCUCUAGCUUCACGAUGCCAGGUAAGUCAUGCUCUUCCUUCCUCGGCUCCCAGCUGUUUCACCUCAGGCCCUGGGUCCCUCUGGAACUGAGAUGUAAAAUUUAAGACCAUGGAAGCCUCAGGACCCAGACCAUCCCGACCUCACAGAGGGAAGCCCAUCAUUUCCCAGAGACUCAAGGAUCCCAUGUGGGGUUGGCUAAAGAAGGGGGUCUCCCGGGACUUCCCUGCCCCACACAGAACUUCUCACUUUGGGCCACACAGCACUUCUCACAUUGCUCCAGCUACACAUAGUAGCCUGCCCCAGGUUUCUGCUGGACACGGGCUACCGUGUCGAGGUGGACAAGGAAGAUAAACAAGGGGCUUCUUCCCUCUCCCCAGAGAUUCUGGACUCUCAUUGUUCUCUCGUUUUUAUUAUCGGGCUUAACAUUUCCCUCAAAAAACUCCUUUUCUAAUCCUUUGUCUUUGUUUCAAGGAAAGCCAGCGUCUCUCCUACCACAUUUUCCAGCAUCAACUUUAAGAAAAAUGCAACAUCCCUCGAAAAAAAAAAAAACCAAACAAACAAAAAAACAAAAAAAAAACGUGGGGUAUAUGCAUGUGGUUUAAUUCCAGAUGGCCUUUGAGUUUAAGUGGUAUCAACUUUCAGUAUAUUUCUGUCUUAUGUUAAAGAAAUAUAUUACUAAGACGUUGGUGAGCAAUAAUGUCAGCUGUCGAGCACUAGAUUUAUUUUUGCAGGAUAUGGAGUGCAAUGAACUACGUCAAUAUGGCAAGGUGUAUGUCAUCUGUGGGGGCUGCGCCAUUUAACAUAGGAAAUGCACGAGGCUUUCCCUCUCUGCACUCAGCCCUUACUGUACCAUUAGGAGAUGCAGGUUUCUGCUGGUGUGUAAAAAGGACAUCCAUAGAGUCAUGCAGAAUGGAUCUGAAGAAAGCAGCAGUACAUACUGUAUAAGAGAACAUUUCUAUGUGUUUAAACUCUUCACUUCUUAGAUGCAUUGAAAUACUUAAUGCAAAUGACAUAGCAAUUUAAAAGCCUUUCCAUGUUAAUUGAAUUGAAAUGCCUUGCUUUAAAUGUGGACUGUUAUGAAAGAGAUUAUCAUUUGUUCUGAAGGUCAGAUAUUUUUGUCUUAGAUAGCUUUGUAAUAGUUUUUCUCCAAACAAUUCCAAACUUUUGAAAAAUGUCAUGAGAUUUUCAUUAAAAGAACCCUUUUCCUAUGUUUAUUGUAUACAGAAAUUAUGCAAUAAAAU